AUGGCCGGUGGCGCGGCGCUGGGCCCGCGGCAGGCAGAGCCGAGCGUCGUCGCCGUCGUCAGCAGCAGGAGGCGGAGAGACGCCGCCGGCUCAUCCUCCUUCGCCGCCACCCCAGCCGACGAAGGCUUCCACCCCCUCCGCCAGCGCCAAUCAAUGAGAAAACGGCCGACGUCCGCGCUCUCGCGAGAGUUGGAAAGCCCGGCCUCAGCCCACAGAGGCCCGGGCGGGUCGCGGCGGUGGUGUGGGCGUGUCGCCGGGGUUCGCCGCCUCGCUGGGUGGCGGUUUCUCGUGGCUGUGUUCACGCAGUCUCUUACUGAGUCCGGUGCUCGCCCUGUGGCAGUGCACAACCUCCACGGGAAACCGAAGGGCAGAGCCCGCCCCGAGCUCCCCCUGCGCUCGGAGACCUCGCAGUCAUCUCUGUCCGUUGGGGCGAGAACGGAAAAUAUCGUGUGGACUCUGCAGAUUCCAACCACUUCUGAAGAUAGGAUUGUCAGCGGAGAGUUGAUUGGUCUGCUCAAAUAUGUGAGUUUGUGUAACAUAACAGAAAUCUUAUACUUAACGGAAGAUCCACUUGUUCAAGCAGGCAUGGCAUCUGCACCCAUGGUUCUGACUAUUUUCUAGUUGGUCCAAGAUAACAAGGUAAGCUCAGGUGUAUUGAAGAGGUGAAAUAAAUUACAGCAAACUCACUCAGAGGUGAGAUGCACAGAAAAAUCAGAUCAAAGAUCUGGGGGGGGGAGGGAACUUUCAAUGUUGACAGACUGCUUUGUGAGAUACCUCUGCUGAGUCAUCUUUUUUAGAAGCUCUCAGACCCCAAAAAUA